AUGCAAUGGGAUUCUGACCUUAGCGGGAAGUGUAUCGAUACCCUGAAGUCAUACUAUGCUCUCGCAGGUUCGCAUUCUCGUCUAUAUGAUCCAUUCAUCUAUUGUCCAAUUCUAACGAACACAGGAACCAGUCUAGGGUUCGACCUCCUCAUCAUCGCCCCUCCCUCUCCCGGUCCUCUGGAACCUGCAACUCGGAAAAAGGCAAAAGGUCGCUCUCUGCUGCGUAUUCGCCAUCGGCUUCUUCGUAACAAUCAUCCAAAUCAUCCGCAUCUUCACCAUCGCGCGACUCAAAACCUACACAGACAGCAAACCCGUCAUUUUAUGGUCCAUCAUCGAGAUCAGCCUAGCACCUGCGUCCCAACCUACGGUCCCUACUUCCGUGUCUUCGUCUCCAACAUCAGUUCCUACCGCCGCCGCCCAACGGGACAAGACUACCCCCUCACCUCAGGCAAUCGACAAACCCGAGCAUCAAGUCGGAAAUUCGGCCUCAGCAGUCUUGGUCGCGACGACGCCAGAUUCGAUCGAACCCCGGUGCCCCGGCCAUACGAUAAUAGCACGCCGCAUACAACAACGAUAUCAUCGUCGAAAGUGACGGGCGAUAAUGACUCCGAAGAACUUAUUCUGGGAAAUGCCAAUCAGGGCAUGUUUGCCGCUGUUGGGGAGCAGGAGAGGGGCAUUCAGAAAGUUAUGGAGGUUACGGUUGAGAGGCAUUAG